CCCCGCGAGGCCCCGGGACCCUGGCUCAGACGCUGGGCACGCGGGGAGGGAGCAUGGAGGGCUUUGGCCGCUUCUCCCCGCGGCCCUACCCGGACCCCUGGGAGCCCCCGCCGCCCGGCAGAGAGAGCGCAUCCUCGGCGCGGCUGGGUGGGCCCGGGUCCCAGACCGAGCCGGCCCUGGGCUCCUGGGCCGGGACUCCGGGCGAGGGGAGCGAGGCCGCGGCGCCCUGGCGACACCCGCGCUGCUGGCCCACCCCGCGGCCUCGCCGGCGCCGCUACCCCGACUCGCCGCGGGAAAGCCGCAGCCUGACCGAUGUGGCCCGGAGGCCCCCGGACAGAGCCAGGAAGCACCCUUCCCGCAGCCGGCUCCUGGAAGAUGCCUGGGCGCAGUUAAGGACCAAGCCCCGGCCGCUGGGGGGCAGCCAGCACAGCCCGGCCUGGCAGCAGCAGUUCGGGCUGCAACCCCAACAGCCUCGGCCCUGCCAGCUCUACCCUCGAGCCCAGGGAGAUUCGCCCCCGCCUUACCCCGAGGGAUCUUACACUCCUCUGAGCGGAACUUUCGGGGUAGAAAAGGCGCAGAGCGGAGACCAGUGGGCCAUGCCGGUCUGCGGAGGUCUAGGUCGCUGGUCCUUUUCCUCGGUUCCGACGGAGAGGUCUUCUGCGCCCUCCCAAGAGUUCAGGACGCAGUCCGCUUGCAUGUACACCCGGAAGAGAGACAGUAGUGGCCCAGUGGAGUCAGUAGCCAGCCAGUACUCCCAGCCCUCCGUCUCCAGCAGGGAGGUGCAGGGCCAGCACACCCAGAUCCUCAAGGACAAGCUGGAAGAGGCAGUCACGUCCUCUAGGGACGAGAAGAUUGUGGCCUUGGUGCUGGUCCGGCUCAAGAAGGCCCAGAGGAUGCGGGAGCUGCAGCAGCAGGCGGCCCUAGCCUGGGAGGAGCUGAAGCGCUCGGACCAGAAGGUCCAGAUGACCCUGGAGAGGGAGCGCAAGCUGCUGCUCCAGCAGGGCCGGGAGCAGUGGCAGCCGGAGAAAGAGCGGCGCAAGACUCGCCAGAGCCGGGAGCAGCGCGUCCGACGGCAGGACAGCCACGCGAAGAACGCGAUCCAGCAGGAGAACCGGUGCAAGGCGCCCCUGGACGACCAGGAGAACCCGCGCAGGGAGAAGCUGGAGACGGCCCGCGCCGAGGCCGAGCACAGGAAGCAGUGCCAGGUGCAGCGCCUGCAGGAGCAGGAGCGGGUGCUGCAAGACCUGCGGGAGCAGAACGGCCUGCAGCUGCAGAAGAGGCUGGAGCAGGCCUGUAAGAAGAAGCGCCUGUACACCGUGGAGAGCCAGAAAAAGGUCCAGGAGACCAAUCUGAGCUCCCUCAUCAAUUACCAGGCCCGCAAGGUCCUCAUGGACUGCCAGGCCAAGGCUGAGGAGCUCCUCAGGAAGCUGUCCCUGGAACAGAGUUCCCAGCGGUCCCAAGAGAUCCAGCAGAGCCUGAUGAAGGAGCGGCACCGAGAGCUGAGGGAGAAGGCCCAGAAGGAGGGGGUGCAGUUGCAGCAGGUCAAGUGGCGCGCCGAGGCGUCCGAGGAGCAGAGGCAGGUGCACAAGCGGCUGUUGGCGGAGCUGAGGGACCAGAAGAUCCAGCAGGCCAGGAGUCACGUCCACAGCAACAUGAGGGACAAGGUGCAGCACAUCCGGGAGCUCAGCGUCCUGCGGGAGAAGAAUCAUCACAUCUUGAAGCUGAAAGCCGAGAAGGAGGAAAAGUGUCACAUCGAGGGCAUCAAGGAAGCCAUUCGGAAAAAGGAGUGGAGGAUGGAGCAGAUCUCCCGGGAGAAAGAUGCAAUCUUGGAGGAGUUCCAGAAGAUCUCCAGGGCCACCAGGAGGAACACCGAAAGAGUGCUGGCCAACAGCGGCUUCAGUGGGCUGGCACCAAGGGCUGGCAGUCAGGGAGGGGGCUACUGA